AUGGCGUUCAUGGUGAAGAGCAUGGUGGGGGGACAGCUGAAGAACCUGACGGGUGGCCUGGGUGGAGAGGAGAAGAGCGAGGGCGAGAAGUCUCCAGCUGAGGCGCAGGGUAUGACCCGCGAGGAGUAUGAGGAAUACCAGCGGCAGCUGGUGGAGGAGAAGAUGGAGAGAGAUGCCCAGUUUGCCCAGCGCAAGGCGGAGAGGGCCACGGUCAGGUCCCACUUCCGAGACAAGUACAGGCUCCCCAAG